AUGGACAGAACAUCUUCUGAUUGUUGGAUGGGAAAUGUUUUCGAAUAUUUCGAUGUUGUAAUUUCAAGUGAUUUGUUUCUUCCAAUUCUCAUAAGACAAAAUCGAGAUUGUUAUGUCACAACCCCAGUGUUUAGAACAUUAGAUUAUCAAGAUUUGAGUUUAGUUUCAUUUUCUCCCUUUGAAAUAGUAAUAGCAAACUCAAAAGCAUCAUUUAAUGAUCUUGUCACCUAUCAAUAUGAAAUAAUGAACGACAUGUUCAAAAAUUUACAAAUUUCACAACAAGUUUGUGAAUCAACGACAAGUUCAUACAAGGAACAUGAUUAUUCAGUGUUGAGAAUUGAACAAUUUUUCACAAAUAUUUCAGCGGAUGAUUUUUUAUUUAUUGUGGAAUAUCAUGCGUUGGAUAAUUGGACACUAAAUCAAACAUUUACUAAUUUGGCAUUUGAAAUGGUGUUAAAUAGAACUGGAUAUAGUGUUGAUAAGCUCAAUUCUAUGAAAAGAUCAUUCUUUCCCACAAAAUGUUACUCCUGUCUAACGUCAUCUUGUAUGUGGGAAGACAGAGCUAGUCCAGUAGCUUCAAAUGCAGAUGGUGUCAGUAUUGGAGGUGGUAUCUCUCUAUUCAUUGCAUUAUUUUUCUAUUUUCCUUCUUUAAUUCUAUUCAGAAACAGAGAAUCGGUCAAGAUUCGUCUCAUUGUUCCAUACGUUUCGGUUCUGAGUCCAGUUUUCAUCAUAAAUAUUUAUACGCUAGUUCUGUAUCUUAAUGAGAGACAUAUCAAGAUUUUAAAAUGGUUAGUGAGUAAGAGAGUUGCAAGUAUUGGAUCCUUUCUGAUGGGUGUGUUGAUUGGAUGUUUAGUUUCCCUCGUUCCCCUUGUUGGAUUUUAUGAUGAAUUCUUUGGAAAUCGUGCUGCCAUACAAUGUGCUUUCAUCACCUUUGGAAUCACUGUAGCCAUUGCAACAUUAUCAUUACUAGCACUUGUCAUUCAUUUCCUCUUCAAGAUUCCAAUAAUUUGGAGAAGAGGUCUAUUAUAUAUUCUAUUCUUUGAUGAUCCAUUUCAAAUCAAGUUUGAUAUUUUAUUCUUCUCACUCAAUACUAUAGUCAUUACAGUUUAUUUAUUCACAGAGGCGAAUCAGAAUUAUGUUUACAGUAUUUUUGCACCACUCCUAUCUCACAAUAUUGGAAUGUUGUAUAGAGGAGGUUUAGUUUUGAUUAUUGAAUGGUUUAAAACGAUUUAUUUUAGAAAACAACUGAAUAUGACUGAGAAGGAGAAAGUGGACGAAUUGGUUCUUCAUUUGGAAAAUCCAGAAUUCUUCAAUUUAAUGAAGGAAUUUGUUGCAAAGGAAACUUCACUUGAGAACUUGAAAUUUUACGAAGAAUUGAAACAAAUAGAAAGAAUGAGUCAAUCUGACAAGAAUCCCAAAAUCAGUCACGAAGAAAUGAUUCGAAUAAGGGACAAGUACUUUAAAGAAAAUGUUCUAUACGAAUUGAAUAUUGGAGGCCAAACUAAGCAAUCGUUUCACAAUCUCGUAGCAACAGCUGCAAAUCCAAAUGAAGAAGUUCGCCUUAAAGAUUUGAAAUUCAUUCUCGAUGAAGAAUUGAUGGGAAAUUUGAGUGAUGCCUAUUUGAGAUUGAAACAACAACCAGGUUUUAAGAGAUGGAAAGUAGCUCACAAUAUUUAUAUUGAGGAAAAGGAAUAG